GGCCAUGAAAUAGAUAGCCUUUGCUAUGUUUUGUCAGAGCGAGAGACCAGUGAUGCCCAGAUGGAGGAAUUUGACGUCGGUAGAUGAUUUCCGUGAGUGAGGAGGUUUUGUGGCUUAACUAUGUUGAGCCCAGUCGGAAUCGAAGCUGACUAGAGAGAUACAGAAAUUUAUAGAAGUCAAGCCUUGCAAAGAUAGAUCGAGAUGCUUUACGAAGUUGCGAAGAGACGGAUGCACUGGUUGCAAAGAAAUUCCCAUCUAACACGUGCCACCCAUAACCUCAGCCUCACAUUGCGAGACCAAUUUGAACGUCUUGGUAGAGCCAAUCUUGAAGAUUCUAGGAUCGUGACUCGUAUUCGAUUGCUGGGUGGGAGUGAGGUGAAGGACGAAGGAACUGCGGCGGAGGUAGUCCCUGCCAAUAUUUUAUUCGAGAGCCAAACGUCAACAACGACGCGCCAAUUCCAUUUGCUCCUCCUCCUCCAACUCUGCAUCGCCUCACCACUUCUAAUACUCGCUUUCACGACGCGACGAUUCCCAUUGCUCACCGUCCAUUGCAUCGCUCUGUUUGCACUGCGAACUUCUCCGCUUCCCACUCGACCCACCAGCAACCUCACUCCGAACCCAAUUCACCCCACCACGGGAGUGUCCUCGGAUCCCUCCCAACACCCCAUAAAUUCCACGCGUCGCGCGCUCCCAUCCUCCAUUGUCUUUGUGGACUCGUAGCGGCACAGCCACACGGUAUAC